AGGAUCUAUAACCUCAUUAUGACCGGGCCAAAUGGCAUCUCUAAACAGAGGAUCUCCACAGAAGAAUACACCAUAAAAUGGACUCCAACGGAUAACGAAGUGAACGGCCAUUUUCCCAUUUGCUUUGUCUCUGAGGCGAGAGACGGAUACGGCAGACUCUAUCACUCCGAGCUACGCUGUGUGAUUGCUGAUGUUUCACACUAUGAGACCGUCGUUCACUGCAAUGAAACCACAAUGUCAGUGGAAGUGGAGAAGUCGUACUUGGUCAGACGCAACGAACACAUCUUACACCUGAAAGACGUAAAUGAUCCGGCCUGCAACCUGGCUGCUCAGUCCAACAGCACCCACCUGGUCGCUACCAUGUCACUGAACACCUGUGGGACCACAGUGGAGGAGGAUGAGGAUAACAUCAUCUUCAAGAAUGAGAUCACAUCUGCAGACCCGAGUGACAUCAUCAGCAGGCACCAUGAUGUGGAGAUCGUGUUUUCAUGCGUCUAUCCCAAACGGGCCAAUCUGACCCUGGGAUACAGACACAAGAACCCGUACGCCUUCACCGAGAAAGGCUUCGGUGCGUUCACCUUCCAGUUUGAGUUCUUUGAGAGCGAGAGGUUCAGGAGGCAGAGGGAUCCCAACUCUUACCCGGUGGAGGUCUACCUCAAACAGAUGAUCUACAUGCAGAUUAAUGCAACUACCUCCAUCCCCAACACGGAGCUGUUUGUGGAGUCCUGCAAGGCCACGCCCUAUGACAACCCAAACUCCCGCAUCAGCUACACCAUCAUUGCCAACGGGUAGG